GCCGGCGUCCGGCGGGAGAGCUGAGCGUCCGGGGGCGGGAGCGCGGGACAGCACGGGGCUACAGGAGGUGGGUUCCAGGCCUGAGCUGGGAAGGUGGCGGGCCUGGAGGUCCGCUGCGGCCGCCGCACCCGAGUUGUCCAGUUCUGUGGUAACAUGGACCUGCCUGUGGAGGAGUGGCAGUGCCACGUGCACAGGAGGUGGCUGCGGCUCCAGCCAUCUGUCCAGGCAGCAUUCUGCACCAGCGCCCUGGAGGAGAUCGUCCUGCUCUGCUCUUCUUUACUCCAACCUGAAGAUGAGGCAUUUUUACAAAGACUUGCUGAGGGUUACUCAGUGGAGAAGGAUCCAAAUGCCUACCUUUUUUAUAAAGAAGAAGGAAACAAGGCAUUCCAGAAGAAGGCCUACAAGGCAGCUGCCAGGCUGUACUCACAGGGAACAUCGCAUGCUAGACCCAACACUCAGGAAAUGUCCUUGUGUUUUGCCAACCGCUCUGCGGCCUUCUUCCAUCUGGCUCAGUAUGAGACUUGUCUUGAAGACAUUGGGAGAGCCCAGAUGCACGGAUACCCAGAAAGAUUACAGCCCAAGUUGAUGUUGCGCGAAGCUGAGUGCCUCAUGGCCCUGGGCAGGCGACAGGAAGCGGCCCUGGUCAUCCACAACCUGGAGCAGAACAUGGAAGCUCAGCUGGCCAGCACUGAUGGUCCAAAUCUCCAGGUUCUGCAGAGGAGGCUCCACCAUCUAAAAACAAGGAGGGAGGAGGACAAGGGCCUUGCAGAAGCUCGUCCCAUUGCUCAAGCACAUGCCUUGAAGGAGAUCAAUCUGAGGGCCCAGAAUCAACGGAUUCCUAGUGCAGCAUCAUUCGUGAGCUUGUGCAGUGACCCUUCCAGAGGACGCUAUCUGAUCGCCACUGAGGAUGUUCUUCCAGGAGAACUCUUAGUGAAAGAGGAGGCUUUUGUGAGCGUCCUCAAUCCUGGAGAGACACUGUGGCUGCGGCCUGGCCCAGAAGCCAGGCGAGACAGCAGAGCUGCCCUUGGGGACCUCCAUUGUCACCGCUGUUUGAAACCCACUGUGGCUGUGAUUCCCUGUCAGGGGUGCAGCUACGCCAAGUACUGCAGCCAGCACUGUAUGCAGCUGGCCUGGGAGUGCUACCACAGGACAGAGUGUUCCCUGGGGGGAACACUUCUCACCCUUGGAGUCUUUUGCCACAUGGCACUAAGGACAGUCCUCCUAGCUGGAUUUGAGCUCAUUGCCGAACUCGUAAAGACAUUUCAGGGAACAGUAAAUUCUGAAGCUGUUUCUGUGUGUGAAGGCCAGCCUCCAGUGGAGAAACUGAAUGCUCGGCCCACCCUGGAGGAAAGGGACCAAAAUGGGGGUGUGUCUGGGACACUGACUCCUGGGUGCAACAGGGAUGGCAGUUAUCAAGGUUCUUACUAUGCUGUCUUCCACCUCAUGCCCCACACCGAAAAGCACAGCCCAGAGCGUAAGUUUCUCUGUGGCCUAAGCAUUGUGGCCUUGUGUAAGAAGCUGGGAGAAGCCUAUUGGCCUUCCCCACUGUGGGGUCAGGGGCCUUCUGAGCAGGAGGCAGCCUUGACAACAGAGCAGUCACCAGGGCCCGGCGUCUGGGCAGUGGCCAUGCUGAGGCACGUGCUACAGCUGCACUGUAAUGCCCAGGGAGUGACUGCCCUCCAGGAGGCGGGAUCUGAUGGGGACCUCGUGACACAGCAAAGGCAGGCCCGCCUCGCCACAGGCUUCUUCCCUGUCAUCAGCCUGCUGAACCACUCAUGCAGCCCCAACACCAGCCUGGCCUUCAGGGGCACCAUGGGCACUGUCCAGGCAUCACGGUUUAUUGCAUGCGGGCAAGAGAUUCUCCAUUGUUACGGACCUCACGAGUGCCACAUGGACGUUGCCACAAGGCAGCAGAAGCUGAGAUCUCAGUAUUUCUUUGACUGCUGCUGCCAGGCUUGUCAGGAGGAGGAGGCGCAUCAGGCCAGCACAACACCAAAGCAAGGCGGAUUCCGUUGCCCCACCUGCAAGGCGGCUCUGCAGGGGGAUGACGUUCUGCGCUGCGGCAGUGGAGCCUGCACGACCGUAGUGAGCAGGGCUCACCUGGUGGGCCAGUUACAAGACCUUCAGCAGCGGGUGGAGGUGGCCUUGGAGCUUCUCCGAGGUGACAAAACAGCUCGAGCUAUCCAGCUUUUCUUGGAGUGCCAGCAGGAGGCUGAGAACUUCUUAACCUCGGAGCACAUGUUGAUGGGAGAGAUUGAGGACCACCUGGCCCAGGCAUAUGCCAGCCUCGGAAAUUGGCCCAAAUCUGCAGCCCACUUGAGAAAGAGUCUUCAGGUGGUGGAGGCCCAGCAUGGACCAACCAGUGUGGAGACAGGCCACGAGCUGUUCAAGUUGGCCCAGGUCCUUUUCAAUGGGUUUGCAGUUACCGAAGCCAUGGGUGUAAUAGAGAAGGCAGAGAAGGUUCUGUCCGUACACUACGGCCCAGGGAAUGAGCAGGUGCAAGAAUUGCAGCAAAUGAAGGCCUGCUUACUGGAGUUACCAGGCCUCCCCUCGGGGCCCACAGCAUAGGGACAGGCCUGGCCUAUUGCAAGAGAGUCCUUGGGCCCCUUUACACCUCCAGGAGAUGUAAACAGAUGUGUCAUCAGAUUGCUGGCGAGCUGCUGCUGGUGAAGAAUGAGGCCCUUAAAACAGUGUGGAACUGUGGCCAAAAAGUCACUAAGCCAUCUGUACCCUUGGGCCCAGCAGCCCCACUGCUGGCAUCAGUGCCAAGGAGGCUUGUGUACACAAAACUUUUUCUAGCAACAGGUUCUUUUGGUACCAAAAACCAGAAAGCCAGUAGUUAUCUAUCCGCUGGAAAAUGGCUGAAUGAAUUGUAUAUAUGACUGUAAAUGGUAAGAAAUGACAGCAGGAUAAAUUCCUAGCCACAUGGGGAGGCUUCCAUGGAAUGAUGCAGAGUGAAGUGAGCAAACCAACAGUUUACCCACAGACCAUCCUAACAUAAAAGAAAACCUCAUUGAAUGACAUCAGUGACCAGACGCAUCUCCCCAGGGUGAGGGUUGUAUGGACCUCCCUCCAUCUGGCAGAGAGGUGGGGAACCACAGGUACACAGUAAGGCAUGCAUUGUUAGAGGGGCCAAUAUAUUGGUUUGUUCACUUCAUUGUACUUCUCUGUUACAAGUUGGAGUAGGUCCAGUAUUGGGAAAUGACUGAGAUUUUUAAAAAGCAUCAAACCUUUAAGAAAAAAAUAAAUGGCUUCAAGGAAAUCCCAUGGCUGGUAUAUGAUGUGAAGCAGGGGCAGGGG